GUCUCUCCGGGAUCCGAGAUCAAGAUCGCCGGGCCUCUCAACUUCCACGACCUCGCCCGCGUCAUCGCCGCCGGGUCCACGCUCAUCGCCGUCGUGCUGAGUCUCUAUCUCAUCUUCAUGCACGCCACGCAUUACACACAGCCCAAGGAGCAGCGACACAUCAUCCGCAUCCUCUUCAUGGUCCCCGUCUACGCCAUCUCCUCGUACAUGCAGCUGGAGUGGUACUGGCGCGCCACCUACUUCUCCGUCAUCUCCGACUGCUACGAGGCCUUUGCCAUUGCCUCCUUCUUCGGCCUCAUCUGCCACUACUGCGCGCCCGACCUGCAUACGCAAAAGGAGUUCUUCCGAGGCCUUCGCCCGAUCCAGGGCUGGGUCAUGCCCAUCAACUGGUUCGCCAAGUGCUGCGGCGGCGAUCGCGGCCCCUGGCGCACGCCCAAGAGCGGCCUGACCUGGUUCAACAUCAUCUGGAUCGGCGUGUACCAGUACUGCUUCAUCCGCGUUGCCAUGACCGUGACGGCCGUCCUGACCGAGCACUAUGGGCGCUACUGCGAGAGCUCCAACUCUCCCGUCUUUGCUCACAUCUGGGUCCUCGUCAUCAACGCCCUGUCCGUCACCAUCGCCAUGUACUGCCUCAUCCAGUUCUACAUUCAGCUUGCCAAGCCCCUUUCCGAGCACAAGCUGUUCCUCAAGAUUCUCGCCAUCAAGCUCGUCGUCUUCCUGUCCUUUUGGCAGGCCUCGGCCAUUUCCGUCGGCACAUCGACGCUCAAGAUUGUCAAGCCUGGCGAGGUCCUUGCCUAUCCGGAUCUCAAGGUGGGCAUCCCAGCCCUGCUGCUGUGCGUCGAAAUGGCCAUCUUUUCCUGCCUGCACAUCUGGGCCUUCCCCUAUCAAGUCUACCGCCGCGGCGCCGCCUCGUCCUUUUACCCGAGCCCCGAUGCGUCCAAGGGCACCAUUGGACUGGAGAAGCCUGUUCUGCCCAACCGCGGCGGCUUCCUCGGCCUGCGGGCGCUGUGGGAUGCCAUGAACCUGUGGGACCUGGUCAAGGCCUUUGUGCGAGGCAUGCGCUGGCUCUUCUGCGGCAUCAAGAGGCGCAAGGAGGACGUCAGCUAC